GAGUGGUGGGUGGAGGGGCUGUGAUCCAUGUUGCGUAUCAAGAGGGGUGUUGAAGGAGGACAUGGUGAAGAUGGUGGGUAGAGGGGAUUCGCAACAGAAUGGAGUCGAUGAUCUGAUUGAAGUGAGGUUGAAGGAAUGCGUCCUGGUAUAGCGUCAGCACUGUGCAUCUAGACCAUCAGUCCACUCGGAUGCAGUAGAACCGCUCGAUAGGCAGUAUUUAUUCUUCUAUUCAGUCAGUUCAAUUCAUCUCAACGUGCAAUGACUGCUCACCCCUACUACCCCCCAGGCGUGGCCAUCGAUGGCUAUCUCCCCAAUGGCUGGAAUACCCUCGCUUUGCUCUCCAUCUUCAGCGCCGUCUGUGUUGCCAUCUUCGCAGUCACUUCCCUGAUCAUCGGCAAAGCCAAUCAUCGCAUUUCCAACAGCGAUCGGUGGACUGUCUUGUGGUUUGUCCUGAGCGGCUGCAUCCAUCUCGUCCUGGAAGGCCACUAUGUGUAUAGCUUCAAACCCCUCGGCAGCGACCAGACGCUGCUCGGCCAGCUGUGGAAGGAAUACGCCCUGUCGGACUCGCGAUAUCUCACGCAGGAUGCCUUUGUGCUGUGCAUGGAGACCAUCACGGCUGUCUGCUGGGGGCCAUUGUCGUUCCUCCUGGCCAUUCUGAUUGCGAUCGACCAUCCUCUGCGCCAUUCCGUCCAGACUGUCGUCUCUCUCGGCCAGCUGUAUGGCGAUGUUUUAUACUUUGCAACCAGCAUGUUUGACCAUGUCAUCCUCGGACUGUCGUACUCGAGGCCCGAAGGAUAUUAUUUCUGGGGAUAUUUUGUCUUUCUGAAUGCGUUUUGGAUCUUCAUCCCUUUGAUUCUCUUGUACAACAGCAUCACCGCGACGGGACGAGCAUUUCUAGCUGUGCAGAGAAUGGAAAAGACCAAAAGAGUAAAUAAAUAGAAUAUCAGAUAAUCAUACGAUGAGGCUCAGAGUCCCGUCGUGGACGAGGCGACCGUUGCAUCUCC